CUACAGUUUUUCUCUCUCGCUCAAAUUUAUUCAAUCUCUCAGUGAAUUUCUCUCAUCCAUCUCUUUUUUUACUUUGCUCCCCCACCUCUCCACCCCCACAACCUCUUUGCUUUCAUAUUGUCUGUUUUCUUCACAAAAGCUACAUGAAUACACUGAGUACAACAUUACACAGACCUAAUUUCCUUCAAAAAAAACAAGAUGAAGCUUAGUGAUUAGGACUUAUACUAGAGAGAUGCGAAGUCGAAGAGAGUCAGAAUCGGAGAAAUAUACAGUAACAAGAGAAUUUGUUGGAAAAAAAAAAAAAAAAUCUAGAUUUCUUCUGAGUUCUUUUCUUGAAGAUUUCAUUACUGACGGAAAAGAAGGGUUACAAUCUAAUGUGCCACAACCUACAAUGGAUGCAUGGAUGCUAUAACACCAUUAAUUAAUGUUACGUCAAAAUCACUUCAAGCCUUGGAACCAAUUGCUUUGAACCACAAUUCUAAUCGUCUUUGGUGACUAAAAUAAAAGUAAAUUGCUUUUUGAUAACCGAUCACUGAAAAAUUCAAUGAUCUUUAUUCAGAGCCAAUGUAAUCUUUUGGACAAGUAAAAGAUUCCGAAGGAAACUAAAAGUAAGGGCACUAUCAAAUGGGUAUAAAUUAAUGGUAAAGACAUAAUAUUUCUUCAAACCAUGGCGUAGGCAUAUCAUCUUUUGAAAAGUAAUAAGGAUCCAAAUCCUCCACUUCAAUAUUUUCCGUGUUGCAGUCUACCGUAGAUGUGCUCAACAUGGUAAUACAAUUAGCUUGAAGAAUUCGUAUUCUUUCUUCAGACUGUAACAUACAAACUUGCUGAAAACGUACUGUCCGGAAAGAACAAAAAAUGGCAGAGAUACUUCUAUCUCCGCUUUUGCAGGUGAUGUUCGACAGAAUAGCAGCUGCUGCCACGGUAUUUUUUGGUGAACUCCAUGAUCUCAAGAUGAAUGUCCAAAAGCUACAGGUGACAAUACCAAGGAUUCAAGCAGCUCUUGAAGACGCAUAUGACAAACAUAUAAUUGACAAGGCUACGGCACUUUGGUUGUCAACAGUUAAAGAUGCAGUAUAUCGCGGUGAAGAAUUGUUGGACGACCUCACUAUAUCAGAGUCACGCCCUUCAAUGGUGCCGCUGCGGACCAAGGCUGCAGCAGAAACUGCACACGAGUUGAAUAAUUUGGUGCUGGAAAUAGAGAAGAUAGCCAAUUCUGUAUAUGAGUUCCGGUUAAAGGAGAGCCGUGUGUAUUGGCAACCAAAGGGUGCAUGUGAAAGACAACAAAGUACUGGAUCAAUUGUUAUCGAAUCAGAAGUUCGUGGAAGACAGGAGGAUAAAGAGAAGAUUGUAGACUUAUUGAUUGACGAUGCAUGGAAAGGAGCAGCAGCUACGACUAAUUAUUCGGAUGUCUUGGUUAUACCAAUAGUCGGGAUCGGUGGGUUAGGCAAGUCCACGCUAGCUCAACUAGUAUACAACGAUAACAAAGCAAGUGAGCACUUUGAGUUGAAAAUGUGGGUUUGUGUGUCUCAAGAUUUUAAUGUGAGAAAAAUAGUAAAAGAAGCUAUUGAGUCUGGAACCAAGAGUAAGUGCGAGAUCUCAGGCAUGGAUGCUCUCCAGUCUCAUAUGGUGGAUAUAUUAAGCAGGAAGAGGCAUCUGAUGGUGCUAGACGAUGUCUGGAAUGAAGAUGCUGAUGAGUGGGAGACGUUAAGAACUUUGUUGGGAAGGGGUGUGAAGGGUAGCACAGUCAUAGUCACCACCCGCAGUGAAAAGGUGGCUUCAAUUAUGGCCACAACUACUACUUCCAUAUACCGUUUGAAGGUGCUGGCUGAAGAUGACUGCUGGGCUAUUUUCAAACAACGGGCUUUUCGUCCUGAAGAAGAAGAAGACCAUUCAAACCUGUUUCCAAUUGGAAAGGAAAUUGUCAAGAAAUGUGGAGGUGUUCCUUUAGCUGCUAAGACAUUUGGAAGCCUAAUGCGCUUCAAGAGAAAGGAAAGGGAGUGGUUGUAUGUGCAAAAUAGUGAACUUUGGAAUAUCCAGGAUUGCCAGACGGGGAUUCUACCUGCACUAAGAUUUAGUUACAGUCAUCUGCCAUCGCAUCUGAAAAGAUGCUUUGCUUUCUGUUCAAUAUUCCCCAGAAGUUACCAGAUCAACAAGGAAAAGUUAAUACACAUUUGGAUGGCAGAAGACUUAAUUGCAUCAUACAGUAUGAUACCAAGACCAGAGGACAUUGGUGAUGAGUACUUCAAUGAUUUGUUGUGGAUGUCUUUCUUUUAAGUUGUCAAGAAAACCGAAGAUGGCAGCAU